UUCCGGGUAGUAAACAUGGCGUCCGCUCUGCUGAAGGUUGCAGUUUCAGGUAUUUCCAGAUGUUCUCGUCUCACCCUGAUGAGGGCACAUUCAACCACAUCUGCCCUCCAUCAGGGGGUUCCUGGGUCAGUAUGGAAGCUGGGGAGGCUCAACCACAUUGCCAUUGCAGUCCCAGACAUAGAGAAGGCCACAUCUCUGUAUAGGGACGUCCUGGGGGCCACAGUGAGCGACAAAGUCCCCCUGCCAGAACAUGGGGUCUACACAGUGUUUGUGGAGCUUGGCAACACUAAGCUGGAGCUGCUGCAUCCUCUUGGGGAGAAGAGCCCCAUCGCUGGGUUCUUACAGAAGAACAAGGCUGGAGGGAUGCACCACAUUUGUAUAGAGGUUGAUGACAUUAAUGCCGCAAUAGUAGAUCUUAGAGCUAAGAACAUCAGAACUCUGUCUGCGGAACCAAGAAUAGGUGCACAUGGGAAACCUGUGAUGUUUCUUCAUCCUAAAGACUGUGAUGGGGUGCUUGUGGAGCUGGAAGAGGCGUGAACACCUCAGUGUCAAAGACACAGUGGGGGCCUUUAAAUCAUAUGUCUACUUUCCAUUUUAGUAAGUAACAUCAUGACAAAUUCUGGGUUUGUAAUAUUUUUCUUAGUGGCACUUUUGAAUUUCCAUUUAUGAAAGAAAGCUGAUUUAUGUGUUCCUGACUUUCCUUUUUUGGUGUUGAAAGAAUAAAACAUGUUGACACUUGGACUU